UAAACACUCAUUAUCUUUAAAUACUGAAUCCAUCACUAUCAGUGAGAACUUAUUACUACAAUAACAACAACAACCUACCUUUGUGGGGGUAGAGAGCCUGUUUCUGUUAGACCGUCCGUUCACCGUGGACUAGAAUGUAUUCCCAGAUAUUCUUAAUCUUGCACCUUGGCUGGUUUGGAUUGAACUCGAGUGAGAGCGAUCUUAGAUAUGAUAUUACUGAAAUGAAGACAGAAGCAGGUCGUGCUGCAAUGAUUGGUUUCUUUAUGGCCUACUUUGUCGAUAGCUUGACUGGUGUAGGCCUCGUCGAGGGGAACUUCGCUUGCAAAACACUAUUGUUUGUUGCGGUGUCUGGUGUCCUCUUGAUCCGCGAGAACGAGGAUUUAGAAACUAUCAAAAAGUUGCUGGAAGAGACUACUUUCUAUGACGAGCAAUGGCAAGCGUCGUGGAAAGAGGAGACCUCAAGCAAUUUGAAGGAGUCUUGAGAUCGUUCCUCGUAUAGCAUUAGUUUUCAUAUACGAAAGAAUGUAAUCCGGUAGUUCUUCUAUGCCAGUCGAAGGAGAAUAUGUUAAUCGUAUUCUCCAUUUAGUUGUAGUUGCCAUGUAACUUGUUAGAUGGACUUGGAAACAGCCUCUGACAGAAAUGCAAGGUAAGGUAAGGCUGCAUACAAUACACCCUUGUGAUAGGGCCCUUCUCUGGAUCCUGUGCAUAGCUGGAGCUUUUUCAUAUACGAAAGAAUGUAAUCCGGUAGUUCUUCUAUGCUAGUCGAAGGAGAAUAUGUUAAUCGUAUUCUCCAUUUAGUUGUAGUUGCCAUGUAACUUGUUAGAUGGACUUGGAAACAAUCUCUGGCAGAAAUGCAAGGUAAGACUGCGUACAAUACACUCUCGUGGUGAGGUCCUUUUCCGAAUCCGGCGUAUAGCGGAAACUUUAGUACACCGGACUGCCCUUUUUAUCUUUCAAAAAUUCUGCAGCAACCCCUUGUUACUGGUUCUUGUUUGAUCAAUGGGUUGAUAAUAAACAAUGGUUGUAACACUUUGAUCAAUGAGCAUAUGUUUACUUGUUAAUGAUGCUUUGGCAUGACAGAAUCAAAGUAAAAAAAGUGGUUGAUUCAAUCUAAGUUGCUAGUCCUCUCUAAAAGAUAUUGUCAAUUGCGUGUUGAAUCUUUCAAAAGUUGUGCAUUUAUGAAGGACUAGACACCAGUACGGUAAUAUUAUCGGAGGGUUCGAGCAACAUAUUCUACUUGU